AUGACAAACCAGAAGUCAGGAUUCCUCAGCAGUGUGCUGUGUAAAUGGCAUGCACAGGCCACUCUCAUAGGUAAAUAUCUGCUGCCGGUGUUGCUGCUCAUCAGAUUUGUGAUGCUGGGUGCCGCAGUGCAGACAGUCUGGUUGAACGAUAGAGAGGAAUUUCUGUGCAGCACCCAGCAGCCCGGCUGUGAGGUGACCUGUUUUGAUGCAGUCACACCUCUGUCUUUACCUCGUUUAUGGACGCUACAGUUGGUUCUCGUUUUGGCUCCUGGUCUGGUUUUCCUCUGCUACCUGAUCCACCUCACCAACCAGGAAACCCAGGUGAGGAAUAGUGCAGAGGGGGUCAAAGGUCACACUUUGGCGGCAUAUCGGGCCUGCGUGGUGUUUGUAAUUUUAGUAGAGGUUGGAUGUAUCGUGGCUCAGUGGUGCCUCUAUGGUUUCAAGUUAUCUACUGAUUUCAGCUGUGGGAGGUCUCCAUGUCCUAUGAGAGUAGACUGUUUCCUUCCCCGUGCAUGGGACAAGACAGUAUUCCUUCGUAUUAUGUUCACAGCCUCCAGCAUGUCCAUCCUUCUGAAUGUAGUGGAGGCAGUUUGCAUGUUGAGAGCCAAGCUGAGGCGGACAGACGGUGGAGAAACCCUGCAGUCCGGUUCAGAGGUUGAAGAGAGCGUCUUGAGUCGGCUGCUGGCCCUGUGGCACUCACAUGCUGGUUUCCUGGGUAAAAUAGUCCUCCCAGUGUUGCAGCUGGUCCAAAUUGUUCUUGUCGGGGCCGCGGUGCAGCCACUUUGGAGCCAUGACUUAAAAUACUUUGUUUGUGACACUGAUCAGCGAGCCUGCAGUAGGGAAGCCUAUAAUUUCGCCUUCCCCUUCUCUUGGCAUCAAUACUGGACGCUACAGGUGGUUUUUGUUUUGGCUCCUGGUCUGAUUUACUUCUCCUACUUGGUGUACCUCCUGGUGACACAAAAACAGAGUGAAACAGGAACUGUGAUUAAACGUCAGACCCUGUGGGCAUAUUUGGGCUUCUUAUCAGCUGUCGUCCUGCUGGAGCUGGGAUUUGCAGUGGGGCAGUGUUUGAACUAUGGUGUUCUUCUCCCUUCAAUGUUCAGGUUGUAUACACGCCGAUGUGUCGACAUAAUUAAAUGUUAUUUCUCCCAACCUACUGAGAAGUCAGUGUUCAUGAUCAUCAUGUUAGUUCUGGCCCUUCUGUCAGUCCUGUUGACCCUGGUGGAGAUGUGCAUGGUGUUGAAGACCAAGAAGCCCUGGAAAAAGCGCGAGGACAACAGAGAGAACAGCAUCCCGUGCACUGAGAUGAUGUCGAACGACAAAGAAGAAGGCGAUGCUUAA